AAAAAGAGCCGUCGCCGUCUUUCGUCCCUGCCUCCGUCUCGGUCGCCAGUCGCCGCCAUCGCCGCCUCGCAGCUCGAAACCCUAAUCCCAAACCCGGCGAUGGAGAACCCCAGGCCCCAAGCCCCCGGCUUCACCCCUCCCAUGGCUCCUCUCCCCCUCCCCCUCCACCCGCCCAUCGCGCCCAUCCCGGGGGCCCCUCCCCGCGCCCCCGCCUCCACCUCCGCCGCCGCCGCCGCCGCCGAAAGCGACGACGAUGACGAGGUCGACUACGAGGUCUCCGACGACCACCGCGCCGCGCGGGAGCGGCACGAGCGCGCGGUGCAGGAGCUCCUGCAGCGCCGUCGCGCCUACGCCAUGGCCGUGCCCACCAACGACUCCGCCGUGCGCGCGCGCCUCCGCCGCCUCGGCGAGCCCAUCACGCUCUUCGGGGAGCGCGAGAUGGAGCGCCGCGACCGCCUGCGCGGCCUCAUGGUCCGCCUCGAGGCCGACGGCCAGGUCGACCGCCUCCUCCGCGCGCAGGAGGACGACCAGGGAGCCGCGGCCAACGACGAGGACGACGCCGAGCAGAUCCAGUACCCCUUCUUCACCGAGGGCACCAAGGAGCUGCUGCAGGCGCGCGUCGACAUCGCGCAGUACUCGCUGCCCCGCGCCAAGGCCAGGGUCGACAGGGCAAAACGCCGCCUCGCUGACCCCGACGAGGACCCCGACGCUGAGGCAGACCUUGUCGUCAAGCAGGCGGGGGAGUUCGUGCUUGAGUGCAGCGAGAUUGGAGAUGACCGCCCGCUCACAGGCUGCUCUUUCUCCCGUGAUGCGUCGAUGCUCGCAACAAGUUCCUGGAGUGGGAUCAUCAAAGUAUGGAGCAUGCCACAAAUAACUAAAAUCGCAACCCUGAAAGGUCAUACAGAACGUGCAACUGAUGUUGCCUUUUCUCCAGUUGAUAACGUCUUAGCAACAGCCUCAGCUGAUAGAACUGCCAAAUUAUGGAACAGCGAUGGGUCACUUCUAAUGUCUUUCAAUGGUCACCUGGACCGUCUUGCUCGCCUUGCUUUUCAUCCAUCGGGAAAGUACCUGGGUACAGCUAGCUUUGACAAGACCUGGAGAUUGUGGGACAUCAAUACUGGAACAGAGCUUCUACUCCAAGAAGGGCACAGCAGAAGUGUAUAUGGAGUUAGCUUUCACCCAGAUGGUUCUUUAGCUGCAUCUUGUGGGCUUGAUGCACAUGCUCGAGUUUGGGAUCUAAGAUCUGGAAGAUUAUACUGUACCCUCAUAGGGCAUGUGAAACCUGUUCUAGGAGUCAGCUUCUCCCCUAAUGGUCAUCUAGUUGCAACUGCAAGUGAAGACAAUUUCUGUCGAAUAUGGGAUUUGAGGACUAGAAGGAUGUUAUAUUCUAUACCAGCACAUAAGAGUCUUAUCUCGCAUGUUAAAUUUGAACCCCAGGAGGGUCAUUAUUUAGCGACAUCUUCCUAUGACACUAGAGCAGCGCUAUGGUCAACUCGGGACUACAAACCAAUCAAAAGUUUGGCAGGACAUGAGUCGAAAGUUACUAGUUUGGAUAUUAGUGGAGAUGGACAACAGAUUGUGACUGUUUCACAUGAUAGAACGAUAAAGAUGUGGUCGUGCAGAAGCAGCAUACGGGAUAAUGAGAUGGAGUUGGAUUAAGCCAUUGACUUCAACUGUUCAUGGAAACAGGCUGUGCCAGUGUCUCCUUCGGUGGAUCUGCCGUUUCAAGCUCUUUACAUCGUUGCAUUUAUAACCCUUAGCAUGUGAAAUAUGCCGCCCACUUUCUUGACAUGUGUUGCUCAUAAUUUCUCCAAAAAAUUGGACUUGAUAGCUCUCUUAAAAAACAAAGGAGCUUUCUAGUAACAAUGGAGUUCUUCAGUUUGGAUGAAGUAUGAGUCAUCCAUGUAAUCUUUUUUGGCUAAUUUGUCUUGAAAUAUUAGCUUUUCACGGCUGCCAGUAGUUUGUACUUAAACCUGAACAAUCGUACAGAUGACUUCUCGA